GACCAGGGGUUGGGGACAGGGGAGGGGUUGGGGACAAGCAGGGGCUCUGGGACAAUUGAGGGACAAGGGACAACCAGGGGCUUGGGGACACCUGAGGGACCACAGGUGACAGAGACUCAUAGGAUGGUCAAGGGGUUGGGGACAGUUGAUGGUUUGGGGACAACCAAGGGCUUGGGGACAACUGAGGGACAAGGGACAACCAGGGGCUUGGGGACACCUGAGGGACCACAGGUGACAGAGACUCAUAGGAUGGUCAAGGGGUUGGGGACAGUUGAUGGUUUGGGGACAACCAAGGGCUUGGGGACAACUGAGGGACAAGGGACAACCAGGGGCCUGGGGACACCUGAGGGACCACAGGUGACAGAGACUCAUAGGAUGGUCAAGGGGUUGGGGACAGUUGAUGGUUUGGGGACAACCAAGGGCUUGGGGACAAUUGAAGGACAAGGGCCAACCAAGGGCUUGGGGACACCGGGGGACAAGGGCUUGGGGACACCGGGGGACAAGGACUUGGGGACACCGGGGGACAAGGGCUUGGGGACACCGGGGGACAAGGACUUGGGGCCAGUUGAGGGACACGGGAUGGUCAAGGGGAUGGUGAAGAGCUGGAAGAUGGUGGAGGGACGGGGGGGACAGGGGACAGUGGGGACAAUGGGGGGACAGGGGACAGUUGGUAGCCACGAGGCCACCAGGAAAGAGGAGGGACCAGGUCUGGCCAAGGGUCCUUGGCCCAGCGUGGUGGCCAUGACACCUGUGGCCACCGUGGCACCCACGGCCACCGUGACGCCCACGAAGACCAUGACGCCCAUGACCACCCCGAGUCCAACCAACAACACGGCGGCCAUGACGGUUGUGACCACCUCAAGUCCCCCCAAGGUGGCCAUGACACCUGUGGCCACCAUGAGUCCCAUGGCGGCCAUGAAGACCACGGGUCCCGCCCCAACGAUGGCGCCCACAACACCCGCAAGUCCCUCAAGUCCCACCACAACCACAGCGGCCAUGACACCCGUGACCACCUCGAGUCCCAGCAAGGUGGCCAUGACACCCGUGACCACCAUGAGUCCCACAGCGGCCAUGACACCCGUGACCACCACAAGUCCUACGGCGGCCAUGACGCCCACGCCAACCUCAAGUCCCACCCCGCCCACGGCGGCCAUGACGGUUGUGACCACCUCAAGUCCUACCCAGGCGGCCACGACACCCGUGACCACCAUGAGUCCCACGGCGGCCAUGACACCUGUGACCACCCCGAGUCCCUCGAGUCCCACCACAACCACGGCGGCCAUGACACCUGUGGCCACCAUGAGUCCCACGGCGGCCAUGACACCCAUGAUGACCUCAAGUCCUACCACGGCGGCCAUGACACCUGUGGCCACCAUGAGUCCCACGGCGGCCAUGACAGUUGUGACCACAUCAAGUCCUACGGCGGCCACGACGCCCGUGACAACCUCAAGUCCCACCAAGGCGGCCAUGACACCCGUGACCACCUCAAGUCCCACCAAGGCGGCCAUGACACCCGUGACCACCUCAAGUCCAAUGGCGGCCAUGACACCUGUGACCACCACAAGUCCAAUGGCGGCCAUGACACCCGUGACCACCACAAGUCCAAUGGCGGCCAUGACACCCGUGACCACCUCAAGUCCAAUGGCGGCCAUGACACCCGUGACCACCACAAGUCCAAUGGCGGCCAUGACGCCCAUGACCACCUCAAGUCCCACCAAGGCGGCCAUGACACCCGUGACCACCACAAGUCCAAUGGCGGCCAUGACAGCUGUGACCACCUCAAGUCCCACCAAGGCGGCCAUGACACCCGUGACCACCUCAAGUCCCACCAAGGCGGCCAUGACACCCAUGACCACCUCAAGUCCAAUGGCGGCCAUGACACCCGUGACCACCUCAAGUCCCACCAAGGCGGCCAUGACGCCCGUGACCACCACAAGUCCCACCAAGGCGGCCAUGACACCCGUGACCACCUCAAGUCCAAUGGCGGCCAUGACACCCGUGACCACCUCAAGUCCCACCAAGGCGGCCAUGACACCCGUGACCACCACAAGUCCCACCAAGGCGGCCAUGACACCCGUGACCACCACAAGUCCAAUGGCGUCCAUGACACCCGUGACCACCUCAAGUCCCACCAAGGCGGCCAUGACACCCGUGACCACCACAAGUCCAAUGGCGGCCAUGACACCCGUGACCACCUCAAGUCCCACCAAGGCGUCCAUGACACCCGUGACCACCACAAGUCCCACCCCGCCCACGGCGGCCAUGACACCCACCUCAAUUCCAACCACACCCCCAUCGGCCAUGACGCCCCCCCAGGCCCCGCCCCCUUCACAGGGCGUGUCCGUGGGCGCCAUGCGUGGGUCGGGACGGCGGGACGCGGGUCCCCCCCCCGUCACCCACCCUGCGCUCCAGCGCCGCAGCGGUAACACCAUCACGGUGCGACCGCGCCGCGCCGCGUCCCCCCCCGCGCCCCCCGUGUCCCCGGCGGGUCCCCCGGCCCCCGAGGCGCCCCCUGGGGUCCCCAAGAAGCGUUACCCCACGGCCGAGGAGAUCACGGUGAUCGGGGGGUACCUGGUGCUGCCGCGCUCCUGCCUGGCCAAGAGGCACCCCCGGCAGAAGAAGCUCAAGAUCUGGUUCAGCGAGCGGGACCUGGAGCGCACGUUCCGUUACCCACCGGAGGGGGCGGUUUGGGGACCCCCCGAGGACCCCCCAGGACCCCCCGGGACCCCCCGGGACCCCGAUGACGAUGAUGACGAUGAGGAAACGUCCCCAACGCGGGGGACACCGGGGGGGCUGCGGGGACGCGCCCUCAUCGUGGACGAAUCCUGUCGCCGAUAACCCCCCAGCGGGGGGGGGAUGGGGACCCCAAAACCCCCCAAGACCCCCAACCCCCCCCUCGCCGGACCCUCAGGACCCCCAGGCAGGACACACGGACACCAGCGUCUGUCCCAGCGUCAUUUUGGGGGCGUUUCGGUUCUUUUCUCCCCAUUUUGUAGCUUUUUCUAGCGGGGGGGGGGGCGGGGGGUGAUUAUCAUUAACGAGUUUAUGUCUUUUUUAGCCUAAUUAAGGGGUUUUUAUAGGGGGUUUUGUCAGUAUUGGGCCAAGCGGAGCUGCCCCAGUAAUGAACUGGGACGGACUGGGAUGGGGGGGGAGGGGACAUGUCAGUAUUAACAGGGUGGGGGGGGAGGGGAUUUAUGGCUGUGGAGACAAUGGGGGGACAAUGGAGGGACAAUGGAGGGGGGUCAAUGGAGGGGGGGACGGUUGAGGUCGAGGAGGAUGGAGGAGAAAUGGAGGCCGAAGCCUGAGGCCUGCUCCCGUUGCCAUGGCAAUGCAGCUUGAGGCCUGUUCGUGUUGCUAUGGUGAUGAAGCCUGAGGCCUGAUCCUGUUGCCAUAGUGAUGCAGCCUGAGGCUUGCUCCGGUUGCUAUGGUGAUGAAGCCUGAGGCCUGUUCAUGUUGUCAUGGCAAUGAAGCCUGAGGCCUGCUCCUGUUGCCAUAGUGAUGCAGCCUGAGGCCUGCUCCGGUUGCUAUGGUGAUGAAGCCUGAGGCCUGUUUGUGUUGCCACAGCGAUGAAGCCUGAGGCCUGUUCGUGUUGCCAUGGUGAUGAAGCCUGAGGCCUGCUCCUGUUGCCAUAGUGAUGCAGCCUGAGGCCUGCUCCUGUUGCCACGGCAAUGAAGCCUGAGGCCUGUUUGUGUUGCUAUGGUGAUGAAGCCUGAGGCCUGCUCCUGUUGCCACGGCAAUGAAGCCUGAGGCCUGUUUGUGUUGCUAUGGUGAUGAAGCCUGAGGCCUGCUCCUGUUGCCAUGAUGAUGAAGCCUGAGGCCUGCUCCUGUUGCUAUGGUGAUGAAACCCGAGGCCUGCUCCUGUUGCCAUGGCAAUGAAGCCUGAGGCCUGUUUGUGUUGCUAUAACGAUGAAGCCUGAGGCCCACUCCUGUUAUCAUGGCAAUGAAGCUUGAGGCCUGUUCCGGUUGCUAUGGUGAUGAAGCCUGAGGCCUGUUUGUGUUGCCAUGGUGAUGAAGCCUGAGGCUUACUGUUCCUGUGACAAUGAAGCCUGAGGCCUGCCCCUGUUGCCAUAGUGAUGCAGCCUGAGGCCUGCUCCUGUUGCCACGGCAAUGAAGCCUGAGGCCUGUUUGUGUUGCUAUGGUGACGAAGCCUGAGGCCUGCUCCCAUUGCAAUGGUGAUGCAGCCUGAGGCCUGCUCCUGUUGCCAUGAUGAUGAAGCCUGAGGCCUGCUCCUGUUGCCAUGGCAAUGAAGCCUGAGGCCUGUUUGUGUUGCUAUGGUGAUGAAACCUGAGGCCUGCUCCUGUUGCCAUGGCAAUGAAGCCUGAGGCCUGUUCGUGUUGCCAUGGUGAUGAAGCCUGAGGCCUGCUCCUGUUGCCAUGGCAAUGAAGCCUGAGGCCUUGCUGCUGCUUGGCCACGCUGUAUCGCGACAAGUGACCAUAAAACGUGACAAGUGACAAUAAAACGUGACAAGUGACAAUAAAAGGUGACAGCGGCCGCUCUGA